GUGAGUGUGUGUGUGUGUCUUUUGCAAAGCAACUUGAGGAGAGCCCAUCAUCGCUGAAUCAUGUCACAGGCUGACAUGUCAGGACUUGAGGGGGAGGAAGAGAGAGGAGGAGGAGGAGGAGGAUGGAGAGGUUGACCCCGAGAGGCUUGUGUGUGUCGGUCACCAGUUGCCUGCUGCUGCUGUCCGCCCUGAGCGCCCUGGCCGUGGGGCUCAAGUCGUGUCUGCUCGGGGCGGCGCUGAAGGAGCGCUUCCAGGUGGGCAGCACGGCGGGGGCUUUCUGCUCGGGGGCUUUCACCUGCGCGGGCUGCCUGGCGGUGGGCGCCUCCGCCCUGUCCAGCAGGAGGGCUCGGGGGGAGAGCGCCCUGCUGCUGGGGGUGCUGCUCUUCAUGCUCGGCACCCUGACCGCCCUGGCCGGGGCGCUCAUCGACGGGGACACCAUCGCCACGGUGGAGAGGAAGUACUCGCGGCACUGCCUGCGGGAGCCGCGGGGGCCCCGGCAGCAGCAGCCCCGGCUGGAGGCGAGCGAGCAGCCCGACUGCCAGAAGCUGAGGGACUACGAGAGGAUUUUGCUGGUGUCGGCGGUGCUGAACGCCCUGGAGUGUGUGCUGGGCUUCAUCACCCUGACGCUCAUCAGGCAGUACAAGUCCUGGCAGCCUCCCCGCCAGCAGCGGCACCAGCAGCACCACCAGCAGCAGCACCAGCAGCAGCGGCGCAGCGCCGGCUCCAUCCUCUCCACCGAGGAGCAGCUCUUCCCCAUGCACACCUACCCGGGGCCGCCCUUCCCUCCAUCCGCCGCCAACGCCGCCGCCUCGUCCUCCUACAUCAACUUCGGCGCCGACGAGGCGGGCGGGGAGCGCGGCUGCAGCGGCCACCCGUCCCGGGAGCUGCCCGGCUACUCCCUGCCCGGCCCGGACACCCCGCGCCUCUGCCUGUACCCGCCCCGCGGACACCCCCCCCCGGCACAGCGGCCCCCGCCGCCGCCCUACGAGCACCUGUUCCCCAGGGCGAGCGGCUUGUAA